AAUUCUUGAAAUCUAAGAAAGGAAUUCUCCCCUCUUCUUGACCAGUUGAACCAGAAAGCGAUUCCCUUGGAUUUCACUUGAUCCUCCUUGAGAAGAAGAUGGUUGCUCGCAGGAUUUCCGUUCGUCAUAACGUCACCGACUAUGAUAUCGAUUACGACACUGACGACGGUUUUGAAGUUCUCAAAUUCCAAAUCUUUUCACUAACUUCAGUUCCCCCCGAUGAGCAAAAGAUACUGGCAAGGGAGAAUGAUAGUAUCGUAUCGGACGUUUCUGACCUCGUUGCCAUUUCUGAUAAACUCCGGUUGGUCUCUAUUAACGAUGAUGAGGCUAACAGAGCUGGGAUAUCGGCUGAUCAUAUUACCCAAAUGGAAAAAUCUGAUGAAGAAUUGGCUCGGUUGUUGCAGGCGGAAGAAGAAGCCCUUAUGUAUCAACAAUUUGCAGCAAGUGAACAUGGGGAAAAAAUGGAGCAGCGGAUUAGGCCAUACAUUGACCAAGUUCAGAUGUAUGAAGACCCUGCACGUCAGGAAGCAGCACGAAAGACAGUGCCUGUGGAGAAACUUGAGGAGAAAGCACUGGUAGCAUUAGCAAAGGAGGGUAACUUUGAACCCAAAAAGUCUGAACAGGAUCAUGCUUUCUUGCUACAGCUCCUAUUCUGGUUCAAACAAUCAUUCAGGUGGGUAAAUGCACCUAGUUGUGACUCUUGUGGAAAUGAGACAGAAAAUAAGGGUAUGGGUACUCCACUUCUUUCAGAAAUCCGUUAUGGUGCCUCACGUGUUGAAGUCUAUAGCUGCUUUGGCUGCUCAAGCAUUACUCGUUUCCCGCGGUACAAUGACCCAAUGAAGCUCCUUGAAACAAGGCAAGGGCGCUGUGGCGAAUGGGCCAAUUGCUUUACAUUGUACUGCCGAUCAUUUGGUUAUGAAUCUCGUCUUAUCCUGGAUUUCACAGAUCACGUUUGGACUGAAUGCUUCUCUCAUUCUCUGGGCAGAUGGAUGCAUCUUGAUCCAUGUGAGGCUAUCUAUGACCGCCCACUCUUAUAUGAAAAUGGCUGGAGUAAAAAAUUGAAUUACGUUAUUGCUCUUGCAAACGACGGAGUCUAUGAUGUCACCAGGCGCUACACAAGAAAGUGGAAUGAGGUUUCCUUGAGGAGAAAUCUUACCACUGAGCCUGCUUUGACUGCUCUUCUAUCUAGACUUAGACAAGAAUGCAGACAGAAAUUUUUGUCUAAGGUGGUUACUACUCUGGAAGAACGUGACCGGAAAGAAGCAGAAGCACUUGAGAAAGAUUUUCGUUCCACCGAUAUCUCCUCAAUAUCUUUACCUGGAAGGCAAAGUGGCGAUGAGAGUUGGCGCAUGUCAAGAUCAGAAUUUGGUUCCGACUCUUUGAGCUCAUCUCUUUGUCCAGUCCGUAGAUGCAUAGACGAGCAUGUGACAAGAAUCUAUGAUGCACUUUCCAUAGUCAUAUGCCAUUUUGUUGAGGCAUGUUACCCCAAGUCUAAAGCUAUUGAAGUUCUUAACAUUUUCAGGAAGGCUAUGAUCAAUCUCAAGAAUUCACCUUUUAAACAAAGGACAACUUCAAUAAAUUCUGGUGCUGAAAAAUAUUUUCUACAGAUGCUUCCAUAUUUUGGUAAAUUACUUGAUGCUCUUUCUCUUAAGAGUAGUACCUCUGAUCCUGAUGGAAGGAUUGAAAUAACGCUGGCCGGUGCCCCAGUUAAAACGUCCAUAGCAUUGCCAGUUUUUUUUCAUGCUGUUGAUGACGUGAUUCAAAAAAUCAGUAAUUGUAGCAGCUUCAGUGAAAAAGCAUCCCUUUCUUGGCCAAUGUUGAAGAGGAAUAGAAUAUGUUCAGGUUUAGUGCUUGCUAGUGGGGAGGAGCUCCCAUUUGGUAUUGCUACUUGUACAUUUGAUGGGACACGGAUGUCAAAAUGGGAGGAACCAAAUGGGGCAAAAGGUUGUUGGAUCACUUAUAAAGUAAAAGACAACAAGAAAUAUAAGCUGGUAGCAUAUGAGCUAAUGUCGGCCAAUGAUGCUCCUGAAAGAGAUCCAAUGGAUUGGAUUGUAGAAGGAAGCGACGAUGGAGGUUGCAGCUGGCAGAUAAUGGAUAAACAAGCUUCUCAGACUUUUGAGAAUCGCUUCCAGAGAAAAGCCUUUGAAAUUAAAAAAUCAGCUACAUUGCUUGCAAAUGCAUUCAGGUUCAGGUUUCUUGCUGUUGCAGAUUCAAAGUCAAAUCAGAGGUUCCAAAUUGGUAGCAUCGACCUAUUUGCAGAAGAGUGAAUGAAGUGCUUGGUUCCUUCGAUAUUUUAUAAUUUAUAUUAUAUUCUCCUUCCCAUAUGACUGACCUUCUCAUGUGCAUUGUUUGAUAAAUAGAUGUUGGCUGAUGUAUAUUAUUAUUGUCUUAUCAGAAGGCUUAUUUACUUUACUCUUGUGACAUAAACUCAGUAUUUGAGACUUCUGGUAAAUAAAUGAAAUUGUUUGGUAAGAUA